AUGACGCUCUCGGCGUUCUCUCUAACAUGUUCUCCUAUCUCGUCAUAUCAGAACUCGGUUUUGUCCCCCACCCAGACGGAGUUCACAGAACUCGCCGCCGUAGGAAUGCCUAGAUCACGGAUUCCAAGUCCCUUACGGAACAUGAACAUAGCCAAUAUGCCGGUCGACGUGGAUGCCGAGUACGUCUGCCCGAGGAAGAAUUGCGCGUCGGAAUUUUCUAGCAAAAAAGACCUGGGGCUCCACUUCCGCGUCGGGCACUCGCAUAUAUGUCUCUGGGGCAACAAUGGUCCAUGUGACAGCGCAGGCUUCGCAACGAGAGAGGAGCUAAACUGGCAUGUCAAACGGGAACACUUACUUCUGUGUCCGGUCCCUGGUUGUACUGAGGGUACCUUUUUGAACAAGGAGUUUCUUGAUUACCACUUGAAACUUAUUCAUAGCAUCGCGACAACUAAUAGGGACACGUCUAUCCAGCCCAUUGAUAUUCUCGGGGCUACGACAAACGCACCAGAGCAAUCGUCAGCGAGUUGCCAAGUGCAAACCUCCGCUACGACGCCCAAACCUAUUGAGGAUAGGGCACUCAAAAUAGAGAUGUCCAUCGGCACGUCGAAGAAACGCUGUCGAGAACAGCUCAAGACGGUGCUCGAGAAGAGGAUCAAAAGGGUCAACGGUGGCACGCCAAAAGCUGGUGAAAGCUCUGCCGCUGUUGGAAACCGCGCGUCUAAAUUAUUGGAGUCGGCAACUUUUCCGAUUCUUUGGGAGCAUAGCAUCCUUCCGUUCCUAAUCGAUCUUAUGCCAAAGUGGUGCGGUCCCGGCCAUGUAAUUAGCGUGAUGCGUGGCAGGAAACCCAAUGCCCGACGGGUCUGUAUCAUGACGAAACAACCUAUCUCGAGACCUCGCAAACUUGUCAUCGCAUGGCAUGUGCUAGACCUAUUCCCCGAAGCCUAUCGCAAUUCGAUCACAUUCGUAUUCUCUGUCGGGAAAGUAGAUCGGCUCGUGUGGUCGCGAGGUCUCAGCAAGGAGAUGCCUGAUGAGAUCUGUCUUCCGCGAAAUCCAUUUUGUUAUAUAAGUCCAUGCAUGGGAGACAGUAUUGGAACUACGGCCGAGGAUGGAGAUGAAAUCACGGCAACAUUAGGACCUUGCGUUACCAUCAAUGGCGCCAGUUUUUGGUUGGUAAAUUUCCACCCGUUUGUCGACGCAAGUAAAGGUGGAAUACAGCCAGUCUCUAUAGAGCAACCGUCUCCGGCGGACCGUGCGAGUUGUAUAGAUGAGAGACACGAUAUUCUGACCAAUGGUGAUUUCAACUUCCGUGUUGGGAAUUUGACUGCGACAUCCGGCUUCGACUUGAAAACCACUCGAAUAUCUCACGAUCCAUAUUGGGAGGAGUGUGGCAUGGAACCUCCGCUGGUUGUCACGGAUUGGGCAUUGGUCUCCGCAAAGGGUCAUCAAGCCAAUAUGUUGCGGAGGUUUCCUACUCCUCUUCAGAAACGAGAAACUCCGGUAACUUCGAUGAGUACAGUUGUACCCGGCGCAAGCGUAUGUUCGACAGGACGUAGCUCAGGCUUCCAACGGGGCGAGGUCUGCGAGGUACCUGCAUAUCUAGAUGGCUUCGAGAACGGAACCGGGAGGGCAUCUCGCGAAUGGUACAUAGAAGAGCCAUAUCCCUACGACAACGAUAAUGAGUGGAUAUCCGGUGGUAUAGGAGUCGAGGGUGAUAGCGGUGCCGCCAUUAUUGAUUAUGAGACCAAUUCCAUCGUCGGUCAGCUCUGGGGUCGGAAUAAGUACUAUGGUCCUGGCCCAAGAUACACAUACUUCACGCCCAUCUUCGACAUCUUUGACGAUAUCCAAGAACGAUGCGGUCAGGAACGUAGGCCUCAAUUACCACAAUACCGAAACGAAGAGGACAUGUGGUCGGUUUAUCCGGUCUGCAGACAGUGCUUCGAUAUUCGCGAAUCCCAAAGCCGGCGGAGCUCACGCGAAUCCUUAUUGUCAAUUCGUAUGCACGAAGGAAGAGCUGGAGAUAUAGAUAACGAUCUUACGUCUGUGUCGGAGUUAGCAACGCCCAAAGACCAAUCCCACCUAAUCCGUCACGUAGGACCUGACGUGGCGAGCCCAUCAUUCGGGGGAGUCGUAUCCCCAGCACCAAUUUAUUCUCUCUAUACUGUAACACAUGCUCCAUCUCCGGGAAAUUCGGAGUUGCGAAGUCCCUAUGCGCAAGCUCUGAAUGAAGAGGAUCUCUACGAAAAGUGCCCAAGCACGAACGAAGUUGCAUUAGGUAAACGUCCAAUCUUACCGACACCGAUGGCACGAAGCGGGAGUCAACAGCGCGCCAAGAGGAGAAGAGUAAUGUAG